AUGAAGAUUUACCUGUUCAUAGUGACUCUCGUCGCAUCUACAGUAAUAUCAGACACAAAUGUACAAGACGUCUUGAAAAAAGGAAAUGACCAAUUCACCGCAAAACUUUUUAAUGAAAUUUCGAAAGAUCAAGCGGGUAAAAGUUUUGUACUAUCAGCUUACUCAGUACUAUCUCCUCUUGCACAACUAGCAUUAGCGUCUGUAGGACGUUCUCAUGACGAGAUCCUAACAGCUAUAGGUAUGCCUAACGACAACGUGACAAAAGAAGUAUUCUCAGACGCGAAUAACAAAAUACGAUUAAUAAAUGGUGUUGAGCUGAAGCAGGCGAAUAAAGUAUAUGUUCGCGAUGGUAACAAUUUAAACAAGGAAUUUGCUGCCGUUUCAAGAACCGUUUUCAAUUCGGAAGUCCAAAACAUCAACUUUGAGAAUUCAAAAGAAGCUGCUGAUGAAAUAAAUACGUGGGUCGAAGAAAACACCAAUAAACGCAUUAAGGAAUUAGUGGACCCCUCGACGCUUUCUGCUGACACUGCUGCUGUUCUUGUUAAUGCUAUUUACUUCAAGGGAAACUGGCAGACUCCCUUUAAGGAGUAUGGCACACAUGAUAGUGAUUUUUUUGUAACGAAAGAUCAAAACAUCAAAAUACCCAUGAUGCAUCAAACUGAUAGUUUCAAAUUUGGCGAUAGUGAUGAAUUAGACGCCAAGCUCCUUGAAAUGCCCUAUGAAGGAGGUGAAACAUCCUUUGUCGUAGUACUUCCCAAACAAAACGAUGGUAUUGAGUCCCUAAUUGAAAAGCUUAAAGAUCCAGCAGCAUUCCCGAAAGCAAGGAGCACUAUGCAUACAGUAGAUGUUCAAAUUUCUUUGCCCAAGUUUAAAAUUGAAACUACAACUGAUCUUAAGGAAGUACUCAGGAAAGUCAAUAUUAAGCAAUUAUUUAAGGCAGGGCAAGCUCAUCUUGACAAUCUUUUAGAAGGAGCAUCAAACCUGUAUGUGAGUGACGCUAUUCAAAAAGCUUUCAUGGAAGUGGACGAAAUGGGAACUGAAGCAGCUGCAGCCAACGCGUUUGGUGUAUCAUAUCUUUCUGCUGUCGAUGAACGUUAUUAUGAAACGUUCGAUGCUGAUCAUCCCACUACAGUUUUGGCUCUCCACGCAACCACAGUGAUGUCAGAAUUAAAUGUACAAGAGAUUCUGAAAAAUGGAAAUGACCAGUUCACAGCAAAAUUCUUAUGUGAAGUCUCGAAUAUCCAAGCAAAUAAAAGUUUCGUACUAUCGGCUUUUUCAGUACUAUCUCCUCUUGCACAACUAGCCUUAGCAUCUGUGGGACGUUCUCAUGACGAAAUCCUAACAGCUAUAGAUAUGCCCAAUGACAACGUGAUAAAAGAAGUAUUCUCUGAUGUGAAUGCCCGAAUACAUUCAGUAAAAAGUGUUGAACUGAAGCAGGCAAACAAAGUAUAUGUUCGCAAUGGUUACAGUUUAAACCAAGAAUUUGCUGCCAUUUCAAGAACUGUUUUUAGUUCAGAAAUUCAAAAUAUCAAUUUUAUGAACGCAGAGGUAGCUGCUGAUGAAAUAAAUAAGUGGGUCGAAGCUAACACAAAUAAACGCAUUAAGAACUUAGUGGACCCCUCUACACUUAUUAAGGACACUGCGGCUGUUCUUGUCAAUGCUAUUUUUUUCAAGGGCAACUGGCAGAUUCAAUUUAAAGAAUAUAUGACGCGAGACCGUGAUUUUUUUGUAACUAUAAAUCAAAAAGUCACAAUACCCAUGAUGCAUCAAAGUGAUAGAUUCAAAUACGGCGAUAGUAACGGAUUAGAUGCUAAGCUCCUUGAAAUGUCAUAUGAAGGAGGUGAAACAUCUUUUGUCAUCGUACUCCCCAAACAAUAUGAUGGUAUUGAGUCGCUAAGCGAAAAACUUAAAGAUCCAGCAGCAUUUUCGAAGGCACGAAGUAAUAUGUACAAAGAAAAUGUUCACGUUUCUUUACCCAAAUUUAAAAUUGAAACUACAACUGAUCUUAAAGAAGUUCUUCAAAGAAUGAAUAUUGAGCAUUUAUUUGUGGAAGGGCAAGCUCAACUUAACAAUCUUAUAGAAGAUGAAAAUAAUCUGUAUGUGAGUGACGCUAUACAAAAAGCUUUCAUAGAAGUGGACGAAAAAGGGACCGAAGCAGCUGCCGCCAAUAAAUUUGGUACAAAAGAAGUGUUCUCACAUGAGAAUGCAAGAAUACGAUCAGUAAAAGGUGUUGAGCUGAAGCAGGCAAACAAAGUAUAUAUUGGCAAUGGAUACAGUUUAAACCUAGAAUUUGUGGCCGUUUCUCAAGCUGUUUUUAGUUCAGACGUUCAAAAUAUCAAUUUUAUGAACUCACAAGGAGCUGCUAAUGAAAUAAACAAGUGGGGUAACUGGCAGAUUCCCUUUCAAAAGCAUAGCACGCGAGACCGUGCUUUCUUUGUUACCAGUGAUCAAACAGUCACAAUACCCAUGAUGCAUCAAUCUGAUAUUUUCAAAUAUGGCGUAUGUGAUGUAUUGCAUGCUAAGGUAAUAUGUAGUUAA